AUGCAUGUAAAACAGGACGAGGACAUCGUCAUGUCGACUACGGGUCCUGUAAGCAAUUAUUAUGUCGAUUCCUUGAUAAACCACGAGAGCGAUGAGGUGCUGGCGACUCGAUUCUCCGCGCCGGAGCUACUCCCUGCCGGCUCUCGUCCUUCGCCCCUUGUGGCGGAGUGCUCGGAUUUUCCUUCGUGUAGUUUUGCUCCCAAACCUUCCGUCUUCACCUCGUCUUGGGGCCCUGUGCACUCGCAGUCAUCCGUGGUUUACCAUCCCUACACCCAUCAGCCGCACAUAGGCACAGAUUCGAGGUAUGUGCGAUCCUGGUUGGAGCCAAUUUCUGGGGCAGUAUCUUUCCCAGGCUAUCCGACGAACGGCAGACACUACGGGCUGAAACCCGACUGCCUUCCAGAACGUAGACCUGGAGAUUGUAUAGCAUCUCAUGGAAGAAGUUAUCCCGACUUCUAUUAUGGAUCAUCAACUGACCAACGAGAUACGGCACAACAAAUCAACCCCUCUCCUGGAUCGGAAGCACUGGCAUCAGGAAAGCUGAAAGAGGACAAGCCGGAGUUGGAUCCGAACAAUCCUGUGGUAAACUGGAUCCAUGCGCGGUCAACCAGGAAGAAACGAUGUCCCUAUACCAAAUACCAAACCCUUGAACUCGAAAAGGAGUUUCUGUUUAACAUGUACCUUACAAGAGACCGUCGGUAUGAAGUGGCACGGGUGCUUAAUCUAACUGAGCGACAGGUCAAAAUUUGGUUUCAAAAUCGACGGAUGAAGAUGAAAAAAAUGAAUAAAGAGAAGACGGAGAGCAAUGAACAGUGA